GAUUUGAGGGGCCAGCAAAAUAUCACAAUGUGAGCGCAUAAUUUCGAAAUAUGUAAGAUUUGAGGGGCUACUAUCGCAAAAACCCAGAAUCCUUAUAUAGACGGCAACUAUUUCAACCGCCUCUCUUCCUCAUCUCUCUAAGCUUCGGUCAAUGGCGACGAUGGAGGAACUAGUGAUCCGAUACAGAGAAUCGGCGAACUCUUUCCUCUCGCGAUACGAACCGAUCGCUCUCGUUCUCGCUCCUCCGCUCGCUCUGAUCGCCGCUCGAGUUCUCCACUGUCUGAUGUGUUUGAUUCAGGACAAGGGGAUCAAGGGCGUGGUUCUAGGGUUUGUGAUGGGAUUCGUUAGGUUGGUGCCGGGAGUGAGCAGCUACAUCGAAUCCGAGAAGAGAAAGGUUGUGGAGAAAUUACAGUCCGGAAAUAAAUCUAAAAGAGAUGACUGGAUGACUGAGUUGCCAAGUGUAGGACUUGGAAGAGGAGUUAUAGAAAAGUUGGAAGAUUCGAAAAGGAAGGAUGUAGCUUGGCAAGGAAAAUGCUCUGGAACAGUAUAUAUUGGGGGAAGGGAGUCUGAAGGCCACUUUUCCUUGAUAAAUGAGGCUUAUUCAAUGUUCUCACAUACAAACCCAUUGCACCAAGAUGUAUUUCAGAGUGUGGCACGAUUUGAGGCAGAAGUAGUUGCAAUGACUGCCGCCCUGCUUGGCAGUAAAGAAAAGACAUCUGGAGGGCAAAUUUGUGGAAAUAUGACAUCUGGCGGAACUGAAAGUAUAUUAUUAGCAGUCAAAACAUCACGUGAUUAUAUGAGAGCAAAAAAAGGGAUAACAAAACCAGAAAUGAUAAUUGCUGAAUCUGCACAUUCUGCUUAUGACAAGGCUGCACAAUAUUUCAACAUUAAGAUCCGCCGUGUUCCUGUAACCAAAGAAUUUAUUGCUGAUGUGAAAGGAAUCAGGCGAUGCAUAAACAACAACACAAUUUUGAUUAUCGGAUCUGCACCAGGUUACCCACAUGGCGUCAUUGAUCCUAUUCAAGAGCUUGGGGUAUUGGCGUCCAGAUAUGGAGUUUGCUUGCAUGUCGACCUAUGCCUUGGUGGCUUUGUGUUGCCAUUUGCUAGGAAGCUUGGGUAUACAAUUCCACCUUUUGAUUUUUCUGUUAAAGGAGUCACGUCAAUCUCGACAGAUGUGCACAAGUAUGGUUUAGCUCCCAAAGGCACAAGUAUUGUUCUUUACAGAAACCAUGAAAUUAGAAAGCACCAAUUUGUUGCCGUUACUGAAUGGUCCGGUGGGCUUUAUGUCUCUCCCACUAUUGCUGGAAGCAGACCUGGAGGAUUGAUUGCUGGGGCUUGGGCUGCUAUGGUGUCAUUAGGGCUGACUGGCUACUUGGAAAAUACACGAGAGAUCAUGGAAUCAUCCAAGAAGAUACAGAAAGGGAUUGAAGAGAUUCCUGAGCUGUUCAUCAUUGGGAAACCGGAUAUGACGGUUAUCGCCUUUGGCUCAAACACAGUCAACAUUUUCGAGGUCAAUGAUAUAAUGUCAUCAAAAGGGUGGCAUUUGAAUGCAUUGCAAAGACCUAAUAGCAUUCACAUCUGUGUGACCCUUCAACAUGUUCCAGUAUAUGAAGAAUUCCUGAGAGACUUAAAGGACUCUGUAAAAACCGUGAGAGAAAACCCUGGUCCAAUAACUGGAGGGCUUGCUCCAGUUUAUGGCGCAGCGGGAAAGAUGCCUGAUAGGGGAAUGGUGCAUGAACUGCUGGUAGAGUUCAUGGACAGUUCUUGUUAGUCUUAAAGCGCCUUUGGACCCAUUUGAAGAAUACAAAUACAUUUGUUGUCUCGCUUGUUGUAACUGCAUCAAAGCGAAUAGAUUCAAAGGGUUAUUUAUACUAAUUGUGCACUUGUAUACUCUUUAUACCGUGUCACAUAAAGCUCUUUCAUAAAGUUACUGUACAAUUGCAUCAUAAGGAUGCGGAAAAGCUGUAUGAAUAUAUCCAACCUCCCCUAAUGAAAAUUUCUCAAGGCA